GCAUUAAUAACGGAACAUGGAGAUCUUGGUAACGGGAGGUUUUUGGAUCCAAAGAACAAGAUUUCCUUUAGAUUUGAUCACUUGAGGAAGGAGGCCAGUGAUCCCAAGCCCCAUGAGGGAGAAAAUGCCAUCGAAUCGUGGAGGAAUGUUGUGGACUCUGCAGUGAGAUCCUAUGUGAAAGAUCAUUAUCCUAAUGGAUCUAGUACUGUGUACGGGAAAACAAUUGAUGGACAGCAAACUAUUAUUGUAUGUAUAGAGAGUCAUCAGUUUCAAGCUAAAAACUUCUGGAAUGGACGCUGGAGGUCAGAAUGGAAAUUUUCCAUAACGCAAUCUACUACGAAGGUGGUGGGACUUCUAAAAAUUCAGGUUCAUUAUUAUGAAGAUGGAAAUGUACAGUUAGUGAGCCAUAAAGAUAUUGAAGAAUCACUAACAGUGACUAAUGAAAGUCAGACUGCAAAGGAGUUCAUUAAGAUUAUAGAGGAUGCUGAAAACGAAUACCAGACUGCAAUCAGUGAGAACUACCAGACUAUGUCUGACACUACUUUCAAAGCCUUACGCCGGCAGCUGCCAGUGACGCGCACAAAGAUUGACUGGAACAAGAUUCUUAGUUACAAAAUUGGAAAAGAAAUGCAACAUGCUUAACAUGAACGUUGUACGCCUGGAUGAUUUUAGUGUCUGUGCAUA